UACCCGCUGCACGCCCUGGUCUGGCACAACCAGCCGCACGAGUUGGAGAAGGUCCUCGGCUCCAAGCAGGUGGACAUCGAACAGGUAGAUCCAAGAGGACGCACCCCUUUGCACCUGGCGACCACGCUGGGCCACCUGGAGUGCGCCCGGGUCCUGCUGAGGCACGGAGCGGAUGUAGCCAAAGAAAACCGGAGCGGCUGGACGGUCCUGCAGGAGGCGGUGAGCACCCGGGACUUAGAGCUGGUUCAACUGGUGCUGCGUUACCGUGACUACCAGCGGACCAUCAAGCGCCUGGCGGGCAUUCCCAUCCUGUUGGAGAAGCUGCGCAAGGCUCAAGAUUUCUAUGUGGAGAUGAAAUGGGAGUUUACAAGUUGGGUUCCCUUGGUCUCUAAGAUCUGCCCCAGCGACACGUACAAAGUGUGGAAGUGUGGGCAGAACCUGCGGGUGGACACGACGUUGCUGGGUUUCGACCACAUGACGUGGCAGCGUGGGAACCGCAGCUUCAUCUUCCGGGGGCAAGAUACCAGCGCCGUGGUGAUGGAAAUCGACCACGACCGCCGGGUGGUGUACUCCGAGACCUUGGCCCUGGCAGCCCACGACCGAGAGGGCAUUCUCGCCGCUCUGCAGCCCACGGAAGAGCAGGUGAUGGGCCGGCUCAUGGCCCCCGUGGUCACCACGCAACUGGACACGCGCAACAUUGCCUUUGAAAGGAACAAGACGGGCAUUUUGGGAUGGAAGAGCGAGAAGACCGAGGUGGUGAACGGGUACGAAGCCAAGGUUUAUGGGGCUUCCAAUGUGGAGCUUAUCACGCGGACACGAACGGAGCACCUAUCCGAGCAGCACAAGGGCAAAACCAAAGGUGGCAAAACUCCGCUGCAGUCAUUCUUGGGCAUUGCCGAACAACACGUGGGCCCCAAUAAUGGGGCGCUCAUCACCCAGACGUUCAGCCACGCCAACCCGACCGCCAUUACGCCGGAGGAGUAUUUCAACCCCAGCUUUGAGCUGGGCAGCCGGGACAUGGGGCGGCCGAUCGAGCUGACCACCAAGACCCAGAAGUUCAAAGCCAAGCUCUGGCUAUGCGAAGACCACCCGCUCUCCCUCGCCGAGCAGGUGGGGCCCAUCAUUGACCUGAUGGCCGUCAGCAACGCUCUCUUCGCCAAACUGAGGGACUUCAUCACUCUCCGCCUGCCCCCUGGCUUCCCCGUGAAGAUUGAAAUCCCCAUUUUCCACAUCCUCAACGCCCGCAUUACCUUCGGGAACCUGAACGGCUGCGAUGAAGCGGUGGUCUCUCUCCGCGGGACGGGCAGCCCCGGCAGUGACGCCCCGUCACCCGGCAGCGAUCGCUCGAGUAUCAGCAGCUCCAGUUCUCUUGGCUUGUGCCGGUGCUGUGAGAUGGAUCCGUCCCUCUUCGAGGCCCCGCGGGGUUACAGCGUCGUUGGAAGCCAUCCGGAGCCCCUGAGAGAAGAUGAUGACGACCUCCUGCAGUUUGCCAUUGAGCAGAGCUUGCUGGAAGCCGGGAGCGAAUAUGACCAGGUGACCAUUUGGGAAGCACUGACCAACAGCAAGCCUGGCACCCUCCCUGUCUCUCAGGAAGGACGUAGAGUCGAAAGGACCCCGCAGCACACACCACCGCCCCGGCCUGCCACCCCACAGCGAGGAGCGCCAGCCACCAGCCGGGCCCUGCCCAGCUACGCCGAGCAACUCCGCCUGGCCAUGGAGCUGUCGGCAAAAGAGCAAGAGGAAGCGGAGCGGCGUUCGCGCCAGGAGGAGGAGGAAUUUGAGCGAAUCCUGCACCUCUCGCUGACCGAACAAUAGGCCACUCGUGCACAAGAGCUCCCCCCCCCGGCCAGCCUCUGGGGGGGGAGUGUGACCAAGUGAAUGGACUGUGUCUUCCCCUGUGCCCCCAUGUCCCGCGGAAGAGCCAGGAAGGAUCCAGGACUGAGGGGUGACAAGGGGAGGGGAGGCUGAUACA